AUGACUUACCGAAGCAAUUUCCAUCGAGAACCCAUACUUUGGAGAAUCGGUUUCAUUAUCUGCAUCAGACAGAGAGUUGUAAAGGCUGGUUUCUCUGAAACAGGAUUUAUUGCAUUUACAGUUGACAACAGGAUGUUAUGUUUUAGUUAUGGAAUUUUCAACUUGAUGAGUGAUCAUUUGAUUACCAUCAUAUUUUACCACGGAGGAUCAUUUAUAACAGAGGUUAAUGGAAGUAUAUCUUACAACGGUGAAGAGGUUUUUGAGUUGUCGGGAGUUGAUAUAGACACACUGAAUGUCUGUUUUGUUCGGGACUACCACAAGAAUAUUGGUUAUGACAAGGCCUUUACAAAAUGGUCUAAGGGCUAUAACAUGAUAAGGAACUCUUGGAGAUAUGUUACUUUGCUCAGCAGAACAAGGGCUAUUCAUGUAGACUACGAACAUGGAGUUUCGGAACCUCUGUAUAGUGAAGAAGCAGAAUCAGUGUCAGCUAAAGGCAAGGAGCUGAUGAUUACAACACUCUUCAAGCUUCGUGAGUUCCGUUUCAGAGAAAUGGCUCCAGGCAAGAUGCAUGUCGUGAGAAAAGGUCUGGUUCCGGGGAUGCCAUAUGUGCAUACUUGUGCUGCAUUGGCAAGGGCUGGUAAAAGACCAGAUGAGUUUUGUCAUCAGUGCCUCAGUGGUUGCCAAUGGAAAAAGAAGCCAGGUCCACUUAAAAAAAGAAGAAAGGAUGCAUAUGAGGAGCCAAGUGGGAGUAAGAAGCAGAAGACCAAGAUGAAAAGAAUUUAUAAAAAAGAUUGUUGUCGUUAUUGUGGUGAAUCACGACACACCAAAAGAAACUGUGCAAAGAGAGCUGCUGAUGAGGAGGCUAUUGCUGCUGCUAAUGGUGGUGAAGGUGAGGCCAAAUCUGCUCCAGAUGGUAAAGUACCUGACUUGAGUAAAGUUGUAGUGAUCCUUCCUACCGAAAAGGUUGGAAAGUCUCGGAGGCUGAAAGCCAAGGAUGGGAAUAUGGAAUUGAAGCCUUACACUCGCAGAGUGACACGAGCCAUCAUCCAUUCAUCCCUUCAUCUUUCUGAAAGACAUUGCUCUUCGCCUCUUCCCUGUUCCCUCUCUGAGAAAGGAAAGAGGAGACAAACCCUAGCAUUCACCGCCGCUGCCGCUCUUCUCACCGCCGUCAUCCCACCAUCGUUUAGUCGUCCUCCACCGUCCCCUCUGCUGUGUUCUCCAACGCCUCUGCUCAUUCGCCAACUUCUUCGUGUCGCAUCGCCAGCUCCAGUUCGGAAGUUCGUCGCCCAUCGUCCGUGGUUGUCCGUCGUACAUCGCCGCCGGCGUUCUUGCUCCCUCUCCCUCAUACUCUGCUCACUUCUCAGACCGAAGAUCAGCCGUAUGCUUCUUCCUCAUAAUCCUUCAUCUCAUGUCUCUUUCUCUCAUUGGUCCAUGGCUGCUGGUUCACUUUCUUGGAAUGUAUCAGCCUUCUUCUGUUGCCACCAAUCAUCUGUCACUGUGGUCGCAAAAGAACAGCGAAUUGGGAUCCGCAAAUUGGUAAUCUUGCGGUGUAAAGGCCUGGACGGCUAUCGAGACCGUUCUUCCUUUGCAAAAAAAUCUGACAUUGUUUUUCAUGAUAUGAAUGUUGAUGAUUGCCUGCCCAAAAUGUCUACUUUGUCUGCAGAGAUGUUAUACUAUGCAGAGAGUGGCUUCAUUCCUCAAGCGCACACUAUAUGGGAGCAACUUGUUAACAGUUCUUUUGUACCAUCAAUUAAAUUCAUCUCGAAAUUGUUUGAUGGUUAUGAAAAGCACAGGAAUUUCAAUGGCGUGCUUGAGAUUCUACAUUAUGUCAGUUGGAGAAAUUUUGGCAUAUUACCUCAUGUUUACUCUUUGGCUAUCUCAUGCUUUGGAAGAGGAGGACAGCUUGAGUUGAUGGAAGAAACUGUAAAGGAAAUGGUUUCGAGGGGUUUCCGUAUUGGUUCCAAGACUGGUAAUGCUUUCCUUUUGUAUUACUGUAUUUUUGGUUCUUUGAAAGAGAUGGAGAAUGCAUAUGCACGCGUUAAGAGAUCUGGAUUUAUGAUAAACGAGGAAGCAAUCAGGGCCAUGGCCUCUGCAUAUAUAAGGGAGAGAAAAUUCUAUCAUUUGGGUGAGUUCCUAAGAGAUGUGGGUCUAGGCAGGAAAAAUGUGGGGAACCUUUUAUGGAAUCUUAUGCUACUUUCUUAUGCUGCCAAUUUUAAAAUGAAAAGCUUGCAGCGAGAAUUUCUCAGAAUGGUGGAAGCUGGAUUCCGGCCCGACGUUACAACCUUUAAUAUUCGUGCUCUGGCCUUUUCAAGGAUGUCUUUGUUCUGGGACCUUCACCUCAGCAUCGAACAUAUGGUAGAUGCGAAAGUGAUCCCUGAUCUGGUGAUAUAUGGCUGUGUAGUUGAUGCAUACUUGGAUAAAAAGCUUGGAAAAAACCUGUACUUUGCUUUAAACAAGUUGAACUUGGAUCAUUCUCCGCAAUUAUUAACUGAUCCACUUGUGUUUGAGGCUUUUGGUAAAGGGGACUUUCAUACGAGUGCAGAAGCAUUUUUGGAGUUCAAGACGCACAGACAGUGGACUUACAGGGUUCUAGUACAAAAAUAUCUUAAAAGAUAUUACCGGAGAGACCAGAUAUUUUGGAACUACUAAUUAAUUGGCAGAUGUUUUAUACUGUACAAUGUCUGGCUAGGAUGUUAGUUAGAAUAACAAGCUGAGUUGCAGGCUUGCAGUUUCUGCAACAAAUCGACUUACUUCUCUGUGUUCUUAUGACAAGAGCUAAGUCUUACUUGUAAAUAACAUGUAGUUAACUUGAAAUAAGCUUUCACUGAUCAAGGAUUCACUUGAGUCGAUGUUUAGUUAAAACAAUAUGAUUUGAUAGUAUA